GGCGGGGCGCGCAGAGCUCGUGAGCGUCGGCGCGGGGACGCAGGUUUUUGCCUCGGGCCCUACCCUGCUCUACUCUGCGCUCUCUGCCCGCGCCGCCGCCGCCUCGGCCUCGGCCCUGCGCUGCGCGCCCGGCCCGUGCUGCCAUGGCCUGCCGCCCGCGAAGCCCGCCGAGGCAUCAGAGCCGCUGCGACGGUGACGCCAGCCCGCCGUCCCCCGCGCGAUGGAGCCUGGGACGGAAGCGCAGAGCCGACGGCAGGCGCUGGAGGCCCGAAGACGCCGAGGAGGCAGAGCACCGCGGCGCCGAGCGCAGACCCGAGAGCUUUACCACUCCUGAAGGCCCUAAACCCCGUUCCAGAUGCUCUGACUGGGCAAGUGCAGUUGAAGAAGAUGAAAUGAGGACCAGAGUUAACAAAGAAAUGGCAAGAUAUAAAAGGAAACUCCUCAUCAAUGACUUUGGAAGAGAGAGAAAAUCAUCAUCAGGAAGUUCUGAUUCAAAGGAGUCUAUGUCUACUGUGCCGGCUGACUUUGAGACAGAUGAAAGUGUCCUAAUGAGGAGACAGAAGCAGAUCAACUAUGGGAAGAACACAAUUGCCUACGAUCGUUAUAUUAAAGAAGUCCCAAGACACCUUCGACAACCUGGCAUUCAUCCCAAGACCCCUAAUAAAUUUAAGAAGUAUAGUCGACGUUCAUGGGACCAGCAAAUCAAACUCUGGAAGGUGGCUCUGCAUUUUUGGGAUCCUCCAGCCGAAGAAGGAUGUGAUUUGCAAGAAAUACACCCUGUAGACCUUGAAUCUGCAGAAAGCAGCUCCGAGCCCCAGACCAGCUCUCAGGAUGACUUUUGUUAUUAAAAUCUGUCUCAGUUGCACGUGAAGCGUACACCUUGCUGUGCAUUACGUCACAUGAUUUGCCACAUAAGGAGUGGGGUGUAGGAAGUGGCCCCUGUUUUCAGGGUGAGAGGAAUGUCAACCGACCCAUGCUUCUGUUUUCCAGGAUGUGUACUCUGGCACACCCACCAAGGUUAGACACAUGGACAGUCAAGUGGAGGAUGAGUUUGAUUUGGAAGCUUGUUUAACUGAACCCUUGAGAGACUUCUCAGCCAUGAGCUAACUGCCACCUGGCGGCCAGGAAGAGAAACAGCUCCUCCCCGACUAGGUGGAAGGCUGGCCAGGCACUAAGCAUGUGUGUGCACUUGUACCUGGUGGUUUCUCUGUUAGCAGUCCAUUAUCUCAUGCUGAAUUAUUUUUGCCUUACUUUCUUAAGAAACAUUAAUUUUAUGUAUAGUGAGUAUAUUUUGCAUGUUUUAAAUUGUAAAUGGAGCUAAGUCCAAGAAAGUACUUGAAGCAAUCUUCCAGCGAGCUUAAUUGCAUAAUCCCUGUUGUCCUCCAGGGUAAGCUGACAGGUCUACUUAACUGGUUUUCCACAGGCAUCUUCAGUUAUUGCUUGUCAGAUGGACUGUUUUGGAUUUAACCAUGUAAUCCAUGGGACCAAUUGAGAGUCAGCUACUUUUAUAGGCAUCAAAGUAUUCUCAGACACCUUUAAUAUCUUUAUGGAAACUUAAUUUUUGGCCUUUUAUCAAUAUGUCAUAACAGCAUUCUGAAGUCAGACAUUGUUAAAUUGAGCUAUUAAACUAAUGAGUUUUAUGUAAGUUAUAAAUGGUCUUAAUUUGGUACUUGUAAAUAACUCUAGUUAGACUCUUUAGAAUACUCCAAGAGUUAGGGCAGCAGAGUGGAGCGAUUUAGAAAGAACAUUUUAAAACAAUCAGUUAAUUUACCAUGUAAAAUUGCUGUAAAUGAUAAUGUGUACAGAUUUUCUGUUCAAAUAUUCAAUUGUAAACUUCUUGUUAAGACUGUUAUGUUUCUAUUGCUUUUGUAUGGGAUAUUGCAAAAAUAAAAAGGAAAGAACCCUC